AUGAAGAUGGGUGACGGUAAAGAUUUAGGGACGAUAGGCCCAUGGUCCGUAGAGGGAGUGGAAGUGGCUGAGGUAGGAGAAGUAAAUGCAAAGGGGUGGGAUGCACUUAUUGUUGUGCUAUCACCAGGAGUUGCUUUACCGCAGGCCAUUGAAGACUUUGUGGUUGCUUUAAGAGAGACUGAUGCUGGCAUUGAUCAGAACAGCGCAGUUGUGCAGUGUCCACGAGUGUGUGGCAGUCGCCUGGUACUAACUCCUACUGGGCCGCUCACACCCUAUGAUGAUGUCAGGAGUGUAGGUGAGGCAGCUCGGGCAGGUGUGAAACGUGCUUUAUGUGCGGGCGCCCGCAGGCCGGUAUUGGUAUUGCAGCCGCACCCGCGUUGGCCACGCGCACCCUUCGUAGCAUUGCUUGGAGCGUUAGAGGCCGCGUAUGUGCCGCUGCAAUCUCGGGAAUCAUUCCCGGCGCUAUGCACGCGUCCGACGGCGCUAGGCGUGUACGCAGAGGGAGUGAAUAUUCCAAUCCCAUCGCUCAUUACUGAAGCCGUUGCAUUGGAGACAGCAAGGUACAUAGCACGGGAUGUCGGGGGCGCGGAUCCAGAGCGAAUGCCCCCUUUAGCGGCGGCUAAAUAUCUAGAGGAUCGUUUCCGCGGCACGAGCGUUAGUAUACGCGUACUGCGGGACAAGGAGACCAUACGCAAAGAGUACCCACUGUUCGCAGCUGUCACUCGUGCGGCUGACUCUGUACCACGACACGCAGGAUGCAUCGUUUUCCUGGAGUAUGUGCCUGAAAAAUAUGAGAAAACAUUGAUGUUAGUUGGAAAGGGUGUUACUUACGACACUGGCGGUUGUGACGUGAAAGUUGGAGGUGCGAUGAUGGGGAUGUCCCGCGACAAAUGCGGAGCUGCCAACGUUGCCGGCUUUCUUAUGGCGUGCGAUUUACUCCGUCCAUCUGUGAAAGUGGUGGCGGCGUUGGGUUUCGCCCGUAAUUCUAUCGGGGAGGAGGCGUACGUGUCCGAUGAACUAGUGAUGGCACGCUGCGGACAAGUUGUGAGAGUUGGCAACACUGACGCUGAGGGACGUAUGGUGAUGGCCGAUCUACUAUGCGAGAUGCAUGAAAGGUCGCGUACAGAGCGCGAUCCACAUUUGUAUACUGUGGCAACGUUGACUGGUCACGCGGAACGCGCAUACGGCGAGGGGUACACGGCCGCCGUCGAUAAUCAUACAGCAGAUUUGAAACAACACGCCGACUUACUGCGAUGCACCGGACAGAAUAUCGGCGAUAUGAUUGAAGUGUCUCGCAUCCGUCGCGAGGAUCUGUCCGUUCAUCAGGCGUCAUACAACGCACAAUUACUGCAGGCGACACCACGACCCUCCUCCGCUAUGGCUCGUGGGCAUCAGGCUCCUGCCGCAUUCCUACUACAGGCAGCUCAGUUGCAUAAAGCCGAUGCUCCUGCCUACACUCAUCUGGAUAUAGCAGCCAGUGCCGGUGAAUAUCCACUGCCUCCAACCGGCGCACCAAUACUAGCGCUCGCUGCAGUACACGGAUUACUGAGCAUUUAA